UUUUCUGCUGAGCCACCCGAGAAGCCCUUUUAUACCUCCUUACUCAGCCAGCUGCUUCGGCUCGCCAGUCAGUCCUGGCCGGCCAGCGGGGCUCUCUCUCUCCUGUGGAUUUGGGCUCACAACCAUCUAAAGCAAGAUGUCUGAUGAAGAGAAAAAGAGGAGGGCAGCCACUGCCCGGCGGCAGCACCUGAAGAGUGCUAUGCUCCAGCUUGCUGCCACUGAAAUAGAAAAAGAAGCAGCUGCUAAGGAAGUGGAAAAGCAAAACUAUCUGGCAGAGCACUGCCCUCCUCUGUCCCUCCCAGGAUCCAUGCAGGAACUCCAGGAGCUGUGCAAAAAGCUGCAUGCCAAGAUCGAGUCAGUGGAUGAGGAAAGGUACGACACAGAGGUGAAGCUACAGAAGACUACCAAGGAGCUGGAGGACUUGAGCCAGAAGCUGUUCGACCUGAGGGGCAAGUUCAAGAGGCCACCCCUGCGCCGGGUGCGCAUGUCGGCAGAUGCCAUGCUGCGCGCCCUGCUGGGCUCCAAGCACAAGGUCUGCAUGGACCUGCGGGCCAACCUCAAGCAAGUCAAGAAGGAGGACACGGAGAAGGAGAAAGACCUCCGCGAUGUGGGCGACUGGAGGAAGAACAUCGAGGAGAAGUCCGGCAUGGAGGGCAGGAAGAAGAUGUUCGAGGCCGGCGAGUCCUAAGCACUGCUGUCUCCACGCCUGCCGUUCCCACCCUCCUCCAUCCCCUCCUGACAUGGCCGUGGCCAUGGCCACCUUCCCCUACCCCCGGCCCCAACACAUCCUCGCCACGCAUCGAGCCCACCGGCCGGGUGCUGUUUCCCUGGUUUUGUGCAGAGCUGCAGUCUGGAAGCAGCGGUGUAAAUAAAGCUUUGGUGGGAGAGGG